AAAGAGGAGAGCGAGUUUCUGUGUCCUGGGAAAGACAAACUUGGCUUUGCCUUGGUAUGUCUGUUGUCAGUAAAUGACCGCAGGAGCUGAGGUGCUAAACUCCAGUGUCCAGAAGUCAGAAGAAAUUUGGGGGGAAGCCCCUGAGGGCCACGCCCCUCCCUCCCGGCCAUGGCUCCUCUAAGCCAGCUGAGCGGACACAUCAACGCUACCUGCGGAGCGGAGAACGCCACAGGCGCCAGCCGGGCCCGCCCGCACACCUACUAUGCCCUCUGCUACUGUGCGCUCAUCCUGGUCAUCGUCUUCGGCAACGGCCUGGUAUGUGUGGCGGUGCUGAAAGAGCGUGCCCUGCAAACAAGCACCAACUACUUGGUGGUGAGCCUGGCCGUGGCGGACCUGCUGGUGGCCACCCUGGUGAUGCCGUGGGUGGUGUACCUGGAGGUGACAGGCGGAGUCUGGAACUUCAGCCGCGUUUGCUGCGAUGUUUUUGUCACCCUGGAUGUCAUGAUGUGUACAGCCAGCAUCCUGAACCUCUGUGCCAUCAGCAUCGACAGGUACACUGCGGUGGUCAUGCCAGUCCACUACCAGCAUGGCACAGGACAGAGCUCCUGCCGGCGCGUGGCCUUCAUGAUCACAGCCGUCUGGGUACUGGCCUUUGCUGUGUCCUGCCCUCUCCUCUUUGGCUUCAACACCACAGGGGACCCAAGCAUCUGUUCCAUCUCCAACCCUGAUUUCGUCAUCUACUCUUCAGUGGUGUCCUUCUACCUUCCCUUUGGAGUGACUGUCGUCGUGUAUGCCAGGAUCUAUGUGGCGCUGAGACAGAGGAGACGAAAACGGAUUCUCACUCGACAGAACAGUCAAUGCAUCAGCAUCAGGCCUGGCUUCCCCCAACAAUCUACCUGUCUGCGGCUGCACCCCAUUCGGCAGUUUUCAAUAAGGGCCAGAUUUCCAUCAGAUGCUACAGGGAAAAUGGAACAUUCAGAAGAUAAAAAAUAUCCUCAGAAAUGUCAGGACCCUCUCUUGUCACAUCUGCAGCCCCUCUCCCCUGGCCAGGCACACAUGGAGCUGAAGCGCUACUACAGCAUCUGCCAGGAUACUGCCUUAGGGAGACCAGGACUUCAAGAAGGGGAAGGAGAGUUGGAAAGGGAGGCAAGGACUCGGAACUCCCUUAGCCCAACCAUGGCACCCAAGCUCAGCUUAGAGGUUCGAAAACUCAGCAAUGGCAGGUUGUCAACAUCCCUGAAGCUGGGGUCCCUGCAACCUCGGGGGGUGCCACUUCGGGAGAAGAAGGCAACCCAGAUGCUGGCCAUUGUGCUUGGGACCUUCAUUGUCUGCUGGCUGCCCUUCUUCUUGACCCAUGUUCUCAAUACCCACUGCCAAGCAUGCCACGUGUCCCCAGAGCUUUACAGCGCCACCACAUGGCUGGGUUACGUGAACAGCGCCCUCAACCCCGUGAUCUAUACCACCUUCAAUGUUGAGUUCCGCAAAGCUUUCCUUAAGAUCCUGUCCUGCUAAAGGGGAAGAGGAGGGAGCACUCCCUGUGCCCACCUCUGCUUCCAGGCCAUUGGGUCCCUGGCCAGGGCCUGCUCAGAAAGACUGUGGAAUGUCCUCUGGCAUGUGGCAGGCAGAGGAUCCCUGGAGCCAGGACAUCCCUGCGUGGCGACUGUCUCCUCCUAAACAGAAUGUUCUACCUCCCCAGCUAAAAUCGGACUUCAUUCUGGCAAUCUUCAAGUGGUGGGGGACCUGUAAACGAUAAGCAAUAAUUCAGAAAGAAGCUGAUAAAACAUGACUCUUCAUACAUACAAAAUUGUCAUCAGAGGCAUGAUUCAUUACAGUGAACAAAAAAUGAAGAGAUUUCAUCAUUCUCAACUUGCCAGGGGGCCUUGAAAUCUCAGCCGGUAAACCGUCUUGCAGCCCGUCUCUCUUUCUUUGAACCUGUAAUUAACAGUCAGACUAACCUUGUCCUUUUGUGGGCACAUUUCUCCUUGAUCACUCCUUUCUCCUUCAUUGUAUCCUGAAAUAUGAGCGACAAGGCCAACGCUUCUACCUCUCUGUAGAAACCGUUUGGCUACAUUUGGUGAGGGAAUUUCCUCACCUCAAGGGAGAUACCAUCCCACAUUGGGAUCUGAGCUUCCCUUCACACCUUGCUUCCCUUAUAUUUUAGCUCUAGCUAGGCAGUCCCUUUUGUUCUAUUCCCUUGCUCUUUGAGGCAGUUUCAGAGUCUCAACUUCCAGAGUAUUUCAAGAGGGGGAUGUCAAAUGAUAAAGGAAUGGAAAUACCCACUGUAGCAUCACUGUUGAACCUUGUGGUUCAGAACAUGCCUUAGGAAUGCUUUCCAUAAUGCUAUAAGGUUUUCCUACCCAAGGCAUCUCCAUCUCCUGCUCAACAAAGACCCAGUACCUUCAGAAUCCUGAGACUCACUAAGUAUUAAGUGUCAGUACUAAGUGCCAGUUACUUCCCCAUGUUCUGGAUAUACAACAACGAAUAAGACAGUCCCUGCCCUCAAGGAGGUCACCAUCUGCUUCUGUGUUUGCCCAUUUACUUCUCUAAGAGUGACAGGGACUCCUCUAGAUUCCAAAGGACCUCAGAACUGAGGGCACUGCACAGGGUGGCUGCUCAAAUCCAUCAUAUGGACAGUCUUUGUAAAGUCCUAGUGCAGAUUCUCAACUUCACCCCCCAAAAACUUAAGACUAAAGACAUAAUAGAAACAAUUUAUAAUUGUCAUUCAAAAUUGCAUUUAGGAGGAACUUGAAUAUUCUCAACAUUUUACCCUCUUACCUACAGAAACUAUUUUUUAUUGAUUGCAGGAUCAAGCUACAAUUUAUGUACAAUUCAUGAAAUGUUGUCAUCCUGAAUGGUCCGGUUUGCUAAUGCUGCCAGUAUGCAAAAUACCAGAAAUGGAUUGGCUUUUAUAAAGGGGAUUUAUUAAGUUACAAAUUUAGAGUUCUGAGGCCAUAAA